AUCGUAUAGGAAAGCAUAAUAUGAGGCGAGUGUGAAAUAUGUGUGUGUAUACAAGUCAUUAUAAUUUGUAAAUCAGUUAUGAGGAUAAAAAUGUGAAACAAAAAAUCUUUAUUAUAACGAAAAGUGUGUAUGGAAUGUUGUAGUUGUAUGUAUCUGCGCAAAUCUUUGAUUUUUCGUUGGGUACAGCAUACUCGUCUACUUUAUAACAGGCUAGCAGAAAUAUUAGACUAUGAUUGUUACAUAAACGAACAUUAGUUUUGCUUGAAAACGUUUAUAGGCCGAUUACAAGCAAUAGAACACGAAUAAAUUCAGUAAAAAACGUAUUAAUUCAUAUAUGUAAUGAAUUAAAUUUCGUUAUAAGAAGGUGUUUGAAUAUAUUAACUAAUUUUUGGAGCGUAUCAUAAUUUUAUCUAAGUAUCAAUUUACCGGAAAAUUGAUGUUUGAGGUUAUUUCCGAGGAAAUAUAUUUUCGGUAAUUUACAUGAAGGCCAACUCAAUAUGUUUUGAAUAACUAAGAAUAUGUAAUUUAAUUGAUCUACACUUAUAACAAUAUGGCGGCUUCCAAAUGGUAAUGGAAAUUUGGUAUCUGAGUUCUUCGGGUGGCUGUUUACGAAUUUGAGGAGGCCCAUUUAUACAAUUUACAUUCAAGAGGAAGCUAUUGAAAUAAGCCAAGUGGACAAUAGCAAUACUUAUCUCAUUAAAUCUGUGCAUAUGGCGUUACAGAUAUAAGUGUUUAUAUUCAAAUACUGAUAGUCUGCACUUUAAUUCUGCAAAACUAAACAAACAUGCCUAUUCAACCAAUCUCGACCGUCUUGGAAACUGAAGCAGAAUGUCGUAGCACAACAGACAGUGUUGGAUCUCAUUCCGACUUAUCGGGUACCACAGUACAUACUGGUGGUACAAUGACCAAGAAUCAAAUGGACGUUGUUUGUGUUAUAGACAUUUGCCAAACAGAAAAUCUUAUGCAGAGAAAAAAGGCACUAGAGGAGAUUAAACAAGCUUGUCUCCAAGUAGGGGCUAACCUGAGUCAUGUACAGUUUGAGAAACUGGAUUUUGGGGAAGCCAAUGUAGUUAGCAGCUUUUAUAAUGCAGAUGUUAUAAUAAUAGAUCUCUCUUUUCCGGCACAACAAAGUACAUUAUUUUAUCAUCUUGGCGUUAGAGAGAGUUUUAAUAUGAAACAAAAUAUUUUAGUUUAUAAUGAUACAGAUCCAGAAGUUACUUUAAAGCUAAAGUUAUCGUGUAGUAGUUACGCUUUUAUAUCUUAUAAAUUAUGUGAAAGUUCAUGCCUCACUACUUGUCCCAGUGGUCGAAUAGACGAACCGACAGAUUUUCUGCAUCAGAAAUUAAAAAAAUUAUUACAAGACGUAGAAAUACAAACAAAAGCGCACAUGAAAGAGAAAUUUCUCAGCGAUCUCAAAAAAUUAAAAGAACAGAAAAACGGCGAAGAGCUAAACGAGGCUUUGCUCCUGAUGCGUAAGCGUCUCGAUGAUCCCAACGUUCUUUCAGGAGAAGUCAUCCUGAACAUGUUGUUCUGUUUCCGGGACAUCCAAGAAUACGACGCGAUGAUACAUUUAGUCGAAGACCUAAAAAAAGUUCCUACAGCCAGAAAGUACCUGAAUUCUUAUAUAAUGUUCCUGUACGCGUUCGCAUUGAAUAGAAGGAAAAAAGACGGUGAUAGAAAAAAUGCUUUGGCAGUUUGUGAAGAAUCUCUAAAAAGCAAAGAAAACCAUUUCCCUGACAUGUUAUGCCUCUGCGGGAGGAUAUAUAAAGACAUGUUUACGGAAUCUGAUCAUAAAGACAUCAAAAGCUUGGACGCCGCCAUCUAUUGGUACCGAAAAGGUUUCGAGGUUCAACCUAACGAAUACGCAGGUAUCAAUUUGGCAACGUUGUUGGUAAUAAAAGGUGCGGAAAUUGGUAAAUCCGACGAAUUACAACACAUCGGUAUGGUACUGAAUAAUCUAAUAGGUAAAAAGGGCAGUUUGGCGUCCCUUAUAGACUACUGGGACGUGGCGACGUUUUUCGAAAUUUCCGUACUUUUUCAACAUUACAGUAACGCCACCCAAGCUGCUGCCUGUAUGUUCAAAUUGAAACCACCAAAUUGGUACCUGAAAUCGACCGUGGGUAACAUACAGUUAAUUGAUAAAUUUCGUAAAAAAACCGAAGAAAUCGUUAGUCCCGAAGAACAAAUCUUUCAUUUCUGGAUGGAAUUUUUCCUGGAAGCCACCAAAGAAGAACAAGAAGAAGUAUUUAGGUUCCCUGCUUUGAUAUUGGAACCAAGUAAAGAAUUAAUGCCCAGUUACGUUUGUAUCAAUCUCGGUGCAGACCCUCAAACUCUACAGGUGACCAAUUUGUGUGAUAGGAGUUUGAGGGGUGAAUGUAAACAAAUACACGAUUGGGAAUUCACCGCCAAUCACAUAAGGAGCGUCAGUUUUUAUAAAAGGGACGAAAGAUGUUUGUUCCUCUACGUCCAUCACAAUUCGGAUGAUUUUCAAAUUUUUUUCCCAUCCGAAACCUGCAGGGAGUGUUUUUAUAAAUUAAUUCUCGAGCUUACCAAUCACCAAGAGGGUCUCGUGGAAUCCGAACCCCCUCGCGAUAUCAAAUACGAAUACGAACGUGACGAAAUGGGUAAAAAAGUGAUUUUAGGCAAAGGGACGUACGGAAUAGUUUACGCUGCUAGGGAUCUCAAUACCCAAGUUCGUAUCGCCGUUAAGGAAGUACCCGAGAAGAAUCUUGGGGCGGUGCAACCCCUACACGAAGAAAUUCGACUUCAUUCUCAAUUGAGACAUAGAAAUAUUGUGCAAUAUUUGGGUUCGUUAUCGGAAGAUAAUUAUUUUAAGAUUUUUAUGGAACAAGUACCCGGGGGUUCUUUAAGCGCUUUACUGAGAUCCAAAUGGGGUCCGCUUAAAUCUAACGAACACACGAUGGCGUAUUAUACUAAGCAGAUUUUGGAGGGGUUGAAAUAUUUACACGAUCAGAAGAUUGUACAUAGGGACAUCAAAGGUGAUAACGUUUUAGUUAAUACCUACAGCGGCGUGGUGAAAAUUUCCGAUUUUGGUACAUCGAAAAGAUUAGCCGGCUUAUGCCCUAGCACCGAAACAUUCACCGGUACACUUCAGUACAUGGCACCGGAAGUCAUCGACAAAGGACAGAGAGGUUAUGGCGCCCCCGCCGAUAUUUGGUCCCUCGGUUGUACGGUGGUGGAAAUGGCGACGGGAAAACCGCCUUUUAUCGAAUUGGGUUCGCCGCAAGCGGCGGUAUUCAAAGUUGGUUACUACAAAGCUCAUCCGGAAGUGCCUGAGGAGUUGUCUGAAAGGGCGAGAUCUUUUAUCAAGAGGUGUUUCGAACCCGAUCCGGAUAAAAGAGCUACCGCCGCGCAAUUAUUGGAAGAUCCGUUUUUAGGAUCUGAGAGGAGACAAAAGACUGUUCGAUUGAAUACGGAAUUUAAUCGAAGCGUUUCGGUACCUGCGGAAAAAAUUACCACUCGGCAAACCGGGCACAGCAGCGCCCCCAAUCAAACGCCGACAACUCCUGAAAAUGAACCAGCAUUAACGGAUGGAGAAAUAUGGCAUUCAGUGGGCUCCGUACAGGGUCGAGCAUCCUUACUACCACCUAUACAAAUGCCCACUGCCCUUACUUUCAACAGUUUGGCGUCGACACCAUCAUUGGAUUGCGAAAGCGAAAGCCCCAAUACGGAACGCAGAAACUCAUCUGGUACUUUAUUAUCACCGGAAGUGGAUACCGGUAUCGAAACCGAUGGGUUCUAUUUAUUAAAAAAAGACUCCCAACGUCGUACAACUCUUGCCAAGGUUCUUGCCAACGACGGUGUGAAAAUAUGCGAAGUGUGGAUGCAAAAAGUACGAGAAAAAUAUUUGGGGGAGACGGUUCUCACUCAAAAACAUCUCUUACGUUUAAUGGACGGUCUCAAAGCUUACAUCACAGAACAAUCGAUGACAGUAGUCGAAAGUACCGUUAGGCAAUUGAAAGAAGAAUUAGAUUUCGAUUCUGCCGCUAUAAAUCAAUUGCAAUUCGCCAUUUAUUUAUAUCAGGAAUCGGUUAACGAAGUACUACGACUUCAUCCGAUCAAACCGCAUUGGAUGUUCGCUCUUGAUAAUUUGGUACGUUCUUGUAUACAAGCCGCCAUUACGGUUCUAACGCCCGAAUUGAGCGAGCACAUAGCCAACCAUAGUUCGCCUAGUACGGUGAAUUCUAGUAAAAGUAGUAAAACGAGCGAAGGAUUCGAUGUUAGAGAUUCGAAUUUGCAAUUGAGGAACGAAAACGCUCGACUUUGGCAGGAUCUUCUCGAAUGUCAACGGCAAUAUCAAGGACUAUUGAAACAACUAAUAGAAACCCAUCGUCAAGAAUUGACGCUUCGACAACUGUGUUGUUAUCGGUGUUGUUACCACGCUCGCGACCAUGUCAAUAACGAUCUCAAAGAAAUCGUCGAAGAAGAUCAAAGACUCGCCAAUUGGUUGGAAGGUUUGGGUAUACACGAAUCCGCCAAGAAAAUUUUCCUAUCCGAGGGAUACACCCUCGAAGAGGUGCUUUAUCACAUAAAUCGAGAAGAUUUGGAAAAAGUGGGUCUAAAAGGUUCGACGGUUCUUCGUAUUUGGAGGGCGAUCGAACAACAUCGGUUGGGAAGUGAGGUUAUAAUUUGCAAUGGGGUUACGACAGAUGACAGCGGAACUGUUUGAUUGCUCUAAUUGAAAAAUUCCUUCGAAAUAUUUUUGAUAAUUGUACAUACGACUAUAUGGAAUUGAAAAAUAUUUUGAUAUUUCGACGGAAUUUUCUUUAAAAAAAAACACUUUCGUAGUUACGCCAUGUUUUAUUUUUUUUUUUCGAUUUUUUCUUUGUUGAAAUUUUUUCUUUUACUUAAUUCCAAUUUCGGCGUUUUCAAAAUAAUAUUACGGGGUUUGGUUGGAAAAUUUGACUAAAUAGGCUUUCGUACUUAAAAUGUGGAAAUGAAAUUUUUUUUUGUAACUUUUUUUUCAAAUUAACUUGAAAAUUAAAGAGAAUUUUUGAAUAUUUCAUUUUUACCAAAGGGGGACAACAAAUUUCAUUUAUUUAUUAUUAAAAUGUAUUUUAUUUGGUUGUUUGAUAUUUGGAAAUUACGUUGAAGUAGAGAAAUUAAUUGAACAAUUUUGAAAAUUUUUUCAAAAAUUGCAAAAAAUCAUUCGUAUAAUCCCCUCGUAUAUACAUGUUAAAUUUCCCGAAAUUGAAACUUUUCCGGUUUGAAUCGAAAUAUUAUCCAAGUCCUCUUGUAUCCAUAUUUUUUUUAUAAUUUCUUGUCAUUUUCAUAAUGCCCUCGUAUAUACAUGUUGAUUUCUUUUUGCAGUGUUGUAAAGACAAUUUAAUUUAAAUAUUAUCUAAUGACCUCGUAACUAUAUAUUACAGAUUAUUAAAAGUUGAUGAAAUUUGUUGGAAAAUUACGAUUUUCAAUCAAUUCAUUUCUCUUAAACCUCAAAAUUUCAAAUAAUUACGAGGGUAAACGUAAAAAUUAUUUUAUUAAUAGAUGAAAUCUUGAAAUUUCUCAAUAAAUUGUCCAAUUAAGUUUUCUUCAUCACAGUUUUCAUAACAAAUAUGCAAAUAAUGAAAAAAAUUGAUUUUGGAAUUUUUUAGUCAAAUUUUUCUUGCGUCAUUUUUUUUAAUUCAAAUCGUCUUCGAACCAUUUUGUCCCUCAACUGUGAUUCGAGAUUUUUUUUUGUUUUAAUUCUAUAUUUUAAUUUCGAAAAAUUUUUUCGUGCAACAAUUUAUAUAUUUAUUUUUUAAGAAAUAAUUUAUUUGGUUUGUACUACCAAAGUCGAUUGGUAAAAAAAUAUUAACCGAAUUUUAUUAAGUUUUAAUUUUUUGUUACACGAAGUAACUUUAUAUUUUUCAAAACUAAAACUAGAUUUUUUUAAAUGAUUCUUAUCGAAAAUAACCCAGUUAAUCAAAUAUAGAACGCCCAGUACAUCACAAUCAACUUUAUAAUGUUUUUUCUUCUAAAAAAUCGUAAAUUAGACAUUAAUUAAUAUUGUUUUUGUUUUUUCUUCUUGAUAUCAUUAAUAAAAUUAAUUUUAUGUAAAACAAA